CACUUGUUGGAACAACAACUAUGAUGACGUAAAAAUGUACACAUAAAAGUAUGACGAUUACACACUGGGACACAGAGCGUGAUUUGGUGAUUAUAACAUGAUGCCUGUUGCACAAGAUGGUCAAGAUCCUAAUUCAACACCUGAAGUAGACUACAAGCAGAAAUACAGGGUUCUGAAGAGGAAACUUAAGUAUCUGAUUUUUGAACAGGAGUGUUUUACAGAAGAAUUAAGAAAAGCACAAAGGAAACUACUGAAAGUUUCAAGAGAUAAAAGUUUUCUUUUGGACAGACUUCUACAGUAUGAAAAGCUUGAAGACUCCUCUAGUGAGUCAGAAGUAGUGUCCACUGAUGAUGAAGGUGGAGGGAAGGAGGGCAGCAGUAAAAAGAAAAAGUCCAACUCCUCUCUUGGAACAGAGGCCAGUGCUAUGUUAAGUGGUAUGGCAAGUUUGAGUGGUAUAGUGCCCCAGACCUCUCUCAUGGCAUCAUCAUCUUAUUCUGAACCACCAAAGAAAAAAGCAAAAACAGCAAAGAAAGUAGCCAGGCCAGCUCAGACUGGUAAAGGAUCAAAGCCCAGGCAGACGCAAGCACAAAAAGAUAGCACAGCUGCAAAAAAAGAUGAUCAAAAUUUAUCUGGUUCCAUGAGUCGAGAAGAGAUAGAACGGCAUCUUGAUUCCAGACCUGCAAAGCCGUCAUUCAUGGUCAUUGAAAAGCCAUCCUUGAAUAUGCCUUUGGACAUAUUUAGCAAUGAAAAUUCAAAUCCAGACAGUGAGAGUAUGGACACAGAAAAUAGCCGUGACUUAGUUAUUGACACAAAUCCUUGAAGAAAUUGAUCCAAAACCGUUGUAUAAAAGUUAAGGAGUGAUAUUGAGCGUGUAACUGGAUUGAAUUUUUACCAAUGUCAGUUCUUUUGACUAUGGCAAUGACUGGACACUUUGGAGACUACAUUAGCAGAGGUCAUAAUGUUAAUUUAAGUAAAGAAAAGUACCAAGCGUUGACCAUUUUAUCAGAAUUGUGGAUAAGGUUGUGAUGUUUCAGCUCCAUAUCCAAUUCAUCUCAGUCUUUAGUUUAAAGGUAUCACAAAUUGUAUGAUGCAUUCAGGUCAAAAUUAUGGAAAUAUAAAUUUUUUCAUCAUUUUCAUUUAU